AACAUAAUAUAAAUAUUUACUAAGCCUUUUCCAUUCAUCUAAAAAAACCAAAAAAAAGAUAAAUAUUUAUUAGAGAUUAAAGUUCGCAAUUAUCGCUUUCAACAAUGGGUUACGAUGAGAUAUCAAAGAAUUCCAGAUCUAUUACGUCGGGAAAUUGGAAUGUUUUAUAUUGGGUUUUAGGAAGUAUCUGCUUGCCCGUUGUAAUGCCUUUAGUGUUGUUAAAUUUAUGGCAUAGAUCACUGAUAGCGAAAAAAAGGAAACAUUUGCCUGGUAAGGUAGUGCUAAUAACUGGCGCCAGUUCGGGUUUGGGUGAAGCUAUGGCUCAUGUGUUUUAUAAAGCUGGCUGUAAAUUGUUAUUGGCUGCUAGGCGACUAGAAGAAUUAGAAAGAGUGAAGAACGAUUUAUUAGACCUUGAAAUUGUAGGAGUUGCUUAUCCUCCCAGUGUUCUACAAUUGGACUUGGCUGAACUGAAUGCUAUGUCCCGAUUUGCGGAAAAGGCGAUAAGCAUACAUGGUGGCGUCGACAUUCUCAUUAAUAAUGGAGGAAUUAGUGUACGAGCUAAUAUUAUUAACACUGCUUUGGAUGUGGAUUUAAAAAUCAUGACUGUAAAUUAUUUUGGCUCAGUAGCUCUGACGAAAGCUAUAUUACCCUCUAUGGUAAAAAGGCAAAGUGGUCAUGUCUGUUUUAUUAGCUCUGUUCAGGGUAAAUUUGCUUUACCUCAUCGUUCAGCAUAUUCAGCAUCUAAGCAUGCCUUGCAGGCAUUCGCGGAUUCUCUUAGAGCUGAAAUGUCUAAUAAGGGUAUAAAAGUUACUUGUAUAAGCCCUGGUUAUAUUAGAACUCAAUUAUCCGUGAAUGCUUUAACUUCCACGGGGCAAAUACAUGGCAAAAUGGAUAAGGCUACUGCCGAGGGAAUGUCAGCUGAAGCGUGUGCAGAGCGUAUAUUGACUGCCGUAUUGAGGGGCGACAAAGAUUUAAUCAUCUGUAAUGCGCAGGCACGCAUUGCUUACUAUUUGCAUUUCUUAUGUCCUUCAAUUUAUUUCUGGAUUAUGGCUAAUCGCGCUUCAAAGUUAGAGAAAGAAGAUUAACUAUACAAACUGAGUAUAUAGG